CAAUAUCAUAAAAUUUCACCUUGUUCCCGGGUACUCAUAGAGUCAAAUAUCCUCUCCACCCUCCGACGGCGCAACCGUCAUCAACCGCCGUGAUGGACGGCCAUGCAACUCCGUCGAAGAACCCUAACGGCGCUUCAAAGUUCCUCCUUGAUCUCCCCUCCAAAGGCCUCUUCUCUUCCCCCGUCAUUUCUUCCAAUUUGGGUGGAAUGCGGGUCUAUGUUACUGAUCACGACACAUCACCUCCAGAAAGUCAACAUAUAAAGACUGAUCAAGUGAACAUACUGAUUAGAUCCCUUCUGCUUAAGCAACAGCAGAAGGGUGGACCAAAUUCAAAGGGGACAAAGAGUGUAGGAACAAACGAGAACUCAAGAAAGAGGGCCCCGGAAAGAGCGACGGAUGGUAGGGCUUCUGCUAAGAGGGCGGCAUCAUCUACCCAAAACGAGGGUUCAAAAUCAAAAUUACCUGAAAAUCUCCAAAGUUUGACCGUUGAGAGACUUCGUGCACUUUUGAAGGAUAGAGGUCUUUCUGUAAGAGGGAAGAAGGAUGAACUGAUUGGACGGUUGAGAUCUACUACUGUUUCAGCAAGCUCAUCUGGAGCCAACCCCUUGUAAGGUCCUGCCAUUAAUGUAUGUUGUAAGAGCACCCUUAGACUAUUAAUGGUCCCAAAUUGCUAUAUAGGCUUUUGGCUGCAUCAGUGAAAUGGGUUGUCACUGAACUGUUAUUUAAUUAGAAUAUUUGUGCAUGUGGAUUCUGAAUUUGUAUCCUACUGCUGCUACCUACCUGCACAUGGGUCUGUACUGUUCUUUUUGUAAUGCAUCUGGGUAAUACAGUUAUUUGAUUCUUGUUUAUUGAAUAUUACAUUUCGCCUUGUUAA